AUGUCCGAGCCCAAAAUCGCUGCUGAUUUUGAUGCGAUGAUUCAGGCUGAUCGACAGCGCAAAAAGAAUGAAGCCCUAGCAAAUGAGAUUUUUGGCCGGAAUAAAGCGAACAAGAACACCCCGAGAAGCGCAAACAAAGGCUCUUCAAGGACGCCCGACCUUGCGAGUCGCAUCACAAAGCGAUCUUCAUCUGUUACCAGCUCAGGCUCUUCCCGGAACAAUGUGUUCACUCCACCGUCAAGACCAUCCUCAACCACCCCUCAGAAUACACGCUCAUCUCGCCUCGCUUCUGCGCUCGAGUCUUCAAAUGCCUAUAUAGUAACCUCUCAGACAAAACCCAGAGGCUCUGGUCUAAGCAUAAAAGGCAAGGCAGGCCCCUUCGUGGUAGAAGCCAGCAAUUUUGCCCCAGGCACAACGGCGGCCGACAUCGAAUCUGCCCUACAAGGUGAAACGUUGGACGAGAAUGGCGUCAGCGGAAUGCUCUCAUGUCGCCUCGUCAAGACCAAUCCAGUUGUUGUAGCGGAGCUGGUGUUUACUGAAAAGCAAAUCGCGGAGCAGAUUAUAUCCACCUACAACAAUCAAAAAGCAGACGGACGGAUCUUGCGACUUUCUCUCAAGAGACCUGGCACAGGCUUAACUUCUACGUUGCAGUCCAACCAACGGAACCUCAGUCCGGCACCUGAAGAGCUGUUACCAGAAACACAACCUCAGCCCGAGAAUGCGGACACUAUGGAGGACGUGGAAAUGGAAGCAGAGGGCGCAACUUCCUUUGAUGAUCGACACAAUCAGGAACCCAGAAAUGCUGAACUAAAUGUCCAAGACGGACGCUACGGUUUUGAAGAACAGCAACCUUCUGAUUUGCAUGCACGCCACAGCGACAGGAGGAGAGACGAUGAUCGACGAGACCGCAACCGUGACCGUGAACGUGACCACGACCAUGAGCACGAACGAGAACGAGAGAGAGAACGAGAUCGCGAGCGCGACCGUGAUCGAGAUCGAGACCGGGACCGGGACCGGGACCGGGACCGGGACAGAGAGAGAGACCGCUACGAUCGUCAUGAUGCUCGACCUGUGGGACGCGGCGCCUAUCGUCACGGUGAUAGACUCGAUACCUACAACUCACGGCCCUCGCAUUACGGCAACGGAGUCGGCGGGCCCCCGGGUCCUGGAAGAGGGAUGUUUGGCGGUGGCGGCGGUGCGGCGGGACCUUUCCCGCGGGGUGGAGGUCGGAUGUACAACGACGACGGGAUGCGUGGCGGUCGGAGAGGUGGCGGACCGUUCGGAUUUGGCCCUGCAGGAUAUCCGAGAAGAGGAGGGUACUAG